AAGAUAUCCUAUACUUAAAAUACAACUCCAGAUAUAUCUGUAUAGUGAAUAUAUAUCUUGAAAUUUUAAUAAAACGAAAUUAGAAAUUACAUAAUGAAAUAUAAUUCAGAAAAUUGAUGUCUAUUGCUACCUUGCGAUUGAAUUUUGCAUCGGCACAGACGGCGCCACUUUCGGACUCUGUUUUAGUAGCUAGACUACAUUUUUAUCUUUAAGCUGUGUCCACGCAUGUUUCAGAUGAUUCUACGUCAACUUUUUCGUUCAAUACAUACAAAUUAUGUACCUUGCUACACAUCAAAUAAGACAUUGUUAAGCAAAUUGCGCAAGAAAACUGGAUAUACAUUUAUAAACUGUAAAAAAGCCUUAGAGCUAAGUAACAAUGACAUAGUAAAAGCUGAACAAUGGUUAAGAGAACAGGCUCAGGCUCAAGGCUGGUCUGAAGCAAUAAAAUUAAAAUCCAGGAAAACUUCUCAAGGAUUAAUAGCAAUGAUCAUCAAUAAUAAUCAUGGAGCUCUUGUAGAAAUUAAUUGUGAAACAGAUUUUGUUGCAAGAAAUGGGAAGUUCUGUGACCUAACAAAGACCGUACUUACUGCUGUAUUAAAACAUGGAAUGACAAUCGAACAGGAUUCAUUAAUUAAGAAAACUAUGUUAUGUACAGAAGCAAUAAAUAAAUUAUAUGCAGAUGAUGGUAAAAAUUUAAGUGAUCAUUCUGCUUUAACUAUUGGACUUGUAGGAGAAAACAUUAAUAUAAGGCGUGCAUUAUGUAUGAGUGUACAACCAGGUGUAUAUCUAUAUGGUUGCAUACAUCCUACUCCUGUAAAUCCAGUAUCUUCAUCAUUUGGACGAUAUGGAGCAUUCGUGGCUUUAAAAUCUGAUAAACAGAAAAAAGUUUUGGGAACACAACUUUGUCAGCAUGUUAUUGGCAUGAACCCAACUAAAAUUGGCGAUGCAACGGUGGAUCAGCCUCUUGAUAAUGUAGAUGACGAACCUGUUAUGCUGUAUCAAGAAUUUUUAUUUAAUCCUGCUAUAUCUAUACAGCAGUUAUUGCAAAAUGAGCAGAUUGAAAUUUUAGACUUUGUACGCUUUGAAAUGGGUGAGACACUCGAAGACAAACAAGAAUUGAAUUCCAUAGAAACUUGCGGUUAAAACGAUUGGAAUUCGUUUAAUAGAUCUAUGUAUUUUCAUACAUUCUGUACAUAUUUCGAAAAAACCAUGAUUACGUUUUUAAAAGAUAGCAUAAACUUUAUGCUUAUCUAUUAUUAUGAUAUGAGUAAAAUACUUAAAUUGUUAUUUUUUUUAUUACAUAUAAAUUGCUAUAAUAGAAUCAAAAAGUGACAUAGAUUAUAUAGUAUGAAAA